GGAAGAACCACUUGGGUAUCAUUUAUGAGAUGGUAGCACCAUCCUAUUAGUGCCUUUCUUAGGUCUGGCAGAAAGUGUUUUUGUCAAAAUUGUUGGCUGGGCUGGACAUUAUAAACAUGUUACAGUGUGUCUCAGCAGUUGCCCUCAUGGUUACUGCAGUAUCCAUAGUCACUUCAGGGGAAGACAUUGAAAAGAAAGGUAUCAAUGUGACUUUAGCAGAUGACACAGAGCAGGAAAUUCUGGAUGAUUCAGCUCUUUUGUUCAAAAAUGGUCGCCUUCAGAUAAAUGGUAGCUGUAAACAGGCAAUGUUCCAAGCAGCUAUGGCCCUCUUCUUCAAGCCAGAUGCCAUUAUCCAUAUGCCUAGUUGUCGUGGUCAUGACAAGUGGUACCGUCGACAGUGUGUGGACUCCCUGGGGAUCUGCUGGUGUGCCACACCCCAGGGGACACCUAUAGCUGGAUCACAGAAACGUGGCACAUCCUGCUCAGCAAAACCAGAACCAGUUGAUCCAGUCUGUCCAAAUGACCAAAACACACACCGUUGUAACUUCUUGACAUGCACAAUGACGAUGUGCCCAGCAACAGGUACAAAUUGCCAUGUUAACCCAUGUGGAGGGUGCAAAAGAGAAUAUAUUAAGAAUCAUAUGAAAACUGAAUAUGAUUGUUUCAAAGGUUUUAGCACAUGUGGGAAGAAAAUGCUUGAAGUACUGAAUAGUCACACUUCCCAAGAGAAGAUGAAAGUGAUAUCUAGGCUGGUUGCCCUACAUCUGAUAUUUGGCAUGGGUAAUCUCGCAG